GAAGCGAACGAUCUGGAAGUUUUCAGGCGCUGGCCGUCGGCCCAACGCAAAUACAUGCAAUGGACGGCUGAGACGAUAGCCGAGUACGGCUCUAUAACAAAUUACAUCCUCGCCCAUCGCCUUCCCAAGUCAUGGGGUUCGCCCCCUUUCACGCCCGUGUCGACGGUGCCCUUCGAAAGCCCUGCAGAUUACAGGGUUCUUGUGAACGACUGGCCGUACGGGUUCACCCCGGAUAUGACCCAUCUCGUCGUAUGGACCCGCACCCGGAUCAAGACGGAGCGGGUGAGGGGAGACUUGACACCGGAGAGCCGGCGCCUCAUCCAGGACUUUGUGGAUCGCUUCUUUGUGGCCACGGUCGGAGAGGAUGGUGAGAACCGCGUCAUAUGGUUCAAGAACUGGGUGGCCCUGCAGAGCGUGAGGAGUUUGGAGCAUAUACACGUCAUUGUUCGAAACCUGGACCCGGAGAUCUUGAGGGACUGGACCGAGGAGAAGUCGUGGCACCGUGGGGAAGCCCCGGAAGAGAGCAUGAAAUGAGGGCGACGAGGUUGACGAGGGUGACAAGGGCGACGAGGGCAGAAGACUAAAUGUCCGAGUCGGGCGAAAGAUGAGCGAGCCCCAUACAUAGCGUUAGAAGCAAUAGACCACUCUGAAGAUCGGGGCCAUGAGCAGUUCGGUCCAGA